CUCUAUUUCAGAGUUUUCCCUUCAAGUUUUUCGUUGUGUGUGCGUGUUGCCUCGUGUUUGCGUUGCAAAUAUUCCAUUUAUUUGAUUGAUUUCGCUGGCCAAGUGCAGCACCGUAUUCUAAGGAGUACCUGUGAUAAGAAAAGAACCCGGCUGAUUAACCAGAGAGCAGGCCUUGCACUUUGAUUCCCCAGUGCCCUUGGCAACAAGUAAUUUCCCCCCUUCCAUAUUCGCUGCAAAAGCUCUCGAGAGAAAUGCAGAACGGAAAACCGAGAUCCGCGGCCAGGCCGUCCACCCACUACAACCGUCGCCCCAGAUCCGGAGUGCCCAACACCGCCACGGAGAACGCUGCGUCAGCGGCUGCGGUCAAGCCGGAGGCCAUGGACAACCAGGUGGGCAUCGACGACAAUGCCUGUGUGGUGUGUUUCAAGAAUGUGGACAUCUACUCGAUUGGGGACUGCGAUCACCCGGUGUGCUACGAGUGCUCCACCCGGAUGCGUGUCCUCUGCCAGCAGAACGAAUGUCCCAUCUGUCGCCACGUCCUGUCCAAGGUUCUGUUUACGCUAGAGAAGCUACCCUAUCGCGAACUGGAGGCCAACAAUCGCUCCGACUUCUACAGCAAGAAGUACCGCAUCGGUUUCUGCAGCGCCGAGAUUCAGCAGCAGUUCUUCAAGCUGCUCGACCAUCCCUGCCCCAAAUGCGAUGCCCCCCCGUACCGCACGUUCCAGGGCCUGCGCAACCAUGUGCGCAGCGAGCACAGCCUGCUGUACUGCGACCUCUGCGUGGAGACCCUCAAGAUCUUCACGUUCGAGCGCAGGUGCUACACGCAGGCGGAGCUGCAGCUGCACAACAGCAAGGGCGAUCCGGACAAUCGCUCGCAUCGCGGCCAUCCGCUGUGUGAGUACUGCAAGAAGCGCUACCUGGACCGCGACGAGUUGUUCCGGCAUCUGCGGCGUGAGCACUACUUCUGCCACUUCUGUGAUGCCGACGGCUGCAAUGAGUUCUACAACGACUAUGCCGAUUUGGCAGAUCAUUUCCGGCAGGAGCACUUUCUCUGCGAGGAGGGCAAGUGCGCCACCGAGCAGUUCGUCGGUGCCUUUCGAAAUGAGAUCGAGUACAAGGCGCACGUGGCCAACAUGCACGGCAAGUCGCUCAACAAGCAGCAGGCCAAGCAGACGCGCACCCUGCAGCUGGAAAUCACCUUGGGACCGCGUGGACGCAGCGGUCAGACGGAGCAGGGCAUAGCCAAUAUGAGAGCGAGAAACGAUGAGCACAACGACUACCUGGACGAUCUGCCAUCGAGUAGCCAGCGUCAUGUGAGCAUCGAUGCUGGCAACGAGGACCAGUUUCCCACUUUGAGGGGAACCGCCGCAGCUCCCAGCGUUUCCCUCGUGAGGCCGCCGCCGCCCUCGAUGCGCAAUCUCAGCGGCACCUCGGGACUUGCUCGGACCAAAGAAAACUUUCCGGCGCUUGGAGGGGGAAAUGGUGGUGGCGUGGCCGGUUCCAGCGGUUCCAGCAGCCUCGCCGCCAGAGCUGCCCAGUCCCAGUAUCCGGUGGCGGCGGUCUUUAAGAAGCCAACCGGUGCGGCGGCAUCUGCCGGCAAUCGCAGUACACCGUCCGGCAAUGGAAUGCUCUUGCAUGUCUCCAAUCGGCCAGCAGCUGUGGCCAAAAAGGCUGGCGCACCGCAGCUAGACUUCCCCGCCUUACCGGGCAAGGGCAACAAGAAGAACUUGCGCAAUCUGGAGGAGGACAUGUUGCCCAGCGGCUCUGCGGUGCCCAUGACGAAUAUAUCCGCUAAGCAUCGGUCGCUGGCCGACGACUAUGUGUCGGUGGCCAACCCGACCAACUUCCAUAAGCUGCAGAUGGUACAAAAGGAGGAGGACGAGGCCAAGGCGCGACAGGAGGCCCUGAAGAAGAGUGCUCCCAAGCUCACCGCCUCGGAGUUCCCCAGCCUGGGCCCGAGUGCCAGUGCCAGUGCCAGUGCCAGUGCCAGCAGUUCCGGCAGGGGCAACGCUCCGAAGCCGACUAAUGGAUCUGGCUCCUUGAACUGGUCCAAGCCAACGUCCGAGAAGAAGCUGCGUGAGCUGGAGAAUCGCAAGUCCAAGGUGGCACCGGCACCUGUUUUGCCCACAGCCACAGCAAAGCCGGCAGCCAAGGCCACUAAUAACACUAAUAACAAUGUCCAGGAGCAACAGGGAAACAAAAAAGAUAAGAAAGCAAAGGAUAAAAAGGGCAAUCUGGAGAAUCAGCCCAAGGGGGGCAAGCAAAAGGAGAAGAACAAUAACAACGAACAAAAGUCGGGAGCCAAUGGAGCUCCACCCACACCAAUACGUGCUCCACCCGGCCUGGGAUCUGGAGGAGCGCUCAAACCACCGCCCGGUUUCGUGUCCAAUGUGACUGUCAACUCGGUGGCCAAGCUGCCCAACAAUCUCACCUUCACCAGUUCGAUGGGCGAGUCCUAUGACAUUGUACCUAGCCACUAUACGUACAUCGAUCCACCAGAUACCAGCUCCAGGAAUCAGAAAUUGGUGGACGAGGUCAUGGGCUUAAUCCGAACCCCGCAGGCAUUAGAAGUAUUUCGCAUACUGUCGUCCAAGUUCCGCGAUGGAUCCUGCUCUGGUCAAUCCUAUUACAUGCACUGCCAGGACGUCUUGUUCGAUUCGUUUUACAAUCUGUUCCCGGAGCUGCUGGCCAUGCUGCCUGACAUAAGCAAGCAACAGGAACUUUAUCUAGUGCACAAACAGCAUCUGAACAGCUUGUCGCCCGCCAAGCGCAAAUCCGUGCCGUCACUCGAAGUGUGCAAGGUCUGCAAACAGGUCCUCAUCCCCGCCGACUUGCAGGAACACCAGCAGGCGCAUGAGCUCACCAAGAACUUCCCCGUGCUGGGAAGCACAGCCUCCAAUACGCACCGCAACUGAGACGUCGUGUGGAUCGCAGGACAACAAAAGCUUUAUCCCAUGUAUAUUUUCUAUGUAUAUACCGUUUCAAUCAACCAGAAGCAGGAGCAGAAGUCCAUGUCCCCAGGUCAUGUAGUGAGUGGAAAUCCGAAUGUGAACUAGCCGAACAAGUAGAACUACAAUAUAUCACCCCACAAAACGAGCCGCAACGAAGCAAUCUGUUCUAUGUGACUUAGUCCGGUGGUUCAGUAGCAUAAUGAGCAGCCUGUUGGUGUGGGAUGCGUUUUUAAUAUUUACGAGUGAGCUUGUGUUUAGCAAAUGCCCGAAACCUAAUAAAGUUCAAAUCAAUCACA